AAGAAAGAAAAAACAACCAUGCAGAAUUAAUAUUCAUGAUCUGUCUUUCUAAACAAACAACCAGCCACUUUGUUUGUUUCUUCAACAAACUGAGCUAUAUUGUGAAUGUGUUUAUUCGAAGUUCACUUUUUUAAAAAAAAAAAUCAAAAUAAUUAUUGCAAUUCAUGGUCUGUGUACAAAACUAUGUAUUGGUCUAUUUGCCAUAUGAUGGCCGGUGUGCUCUGUGGUCAUUUUGAACCGAGGUAGAAAACUCCUUGUUCACUUCAAAGAACCUACCUUGAGCAUCGUUAGAAUCCUUUGCAUUUUAAUAAGCAGAGUAAUAUAUUACAAUGAUGUAUCUACAGUAGGUGAUAAAUAGAUGGCGUAUUUAAUGGCCAGUGAGAAGCUUGGUUGACUAUUUCCCUGCUGAGGUUGGUCUGUCGACUUUCGGGACAUUUCUGGUUGGAUUACAGUCUAGGGUUUGGGGCACCAUUCACGAAAGACAUUCCUGAUGGAGCUAUACCAGGCCGCUGCUCUAGUCUUUCUUUUUGCCACAUUUAGUGGAGGACAAUCAGAAGUUCACCAUGAAUUGGCAUUGGAUAACUUCAACAAAUUAGUCAGUCAGAGUUUGCUUGGUCACAGUAUUACAAAGCGUGAUGCAGAAGACGAUGAUGGAACAGACGACCUAACAGAUGACAUCACAGACACAGGUGUGCUUAACGAAGCUGUGGAUCACUCAGGAGACGCUACAAAAAACUCUGGAGAAGGUCAACAUGUUUCUGCAGAUGGUCAAGGAGAUGAUUCUGGAGAUGGUCAAGGAGAUGUUUCCGAAGGUGGUCAAGGGGAUAAUUCAAGAGAUGGUCAAAGAGACGAUUCUGGAGAUGGUCAAGGAAAUGAAUCCGGAGAAGGUCAAGGGGAUGACUCUGAAGGAGAUCAAGGGGAUGACUCAGGAGAAGGUGGGAAUUGCAAUACAUGUAAUGAUAAAGAAAACUCGGGAGAUACAGACAGUGACAGCGGUCAGAGAGCUGGAACAGAUUCCGAAGAAAAUACCAACUCUGAUGACAGCCAAGGAAGCGAUGCAGAAGAAAAAGGAACUGGCAGUGACUCGGGAGAUGGAACCAACAACAGUUUAGAAGAAGGAAAGGACUGCAAUGAAUGUGGAAGCAAUAAAGGAAGUACAGACAGUGACUCACAAGAAUCAGGGAGUGGUGGAUCAGGAGAUGAUUCAAACUGCAAUGAAUGUGGAAGCAAUAAAGGAAUCACAGACAGUGACUCACAAGAAUCAGGAAGUGGUGGAUCAGGAGAUGAUUCAAACUGUAAUGAAUGUGGAAACAAUAAAGGAAGCACAGGCAGUGACUCACAAGAAUCAGGAAGUGGUGGAUCAGGAGAUGAUUCAAACUGCAAUGAAUGUGGAAGCAAUAAAGGAAGCACAGACAGUGACUCACAAGAAUCAGGAAGUGGUAGAUCGGGAGAUGAUUCAAACUGCAAUGAAUGUGGAAGCAAUAAAGGAAGCACAGGCAGUGACUCACAAGAAUCAGGGAGUGGUGGAUCAGGAGAUGAUUCAAACUGCAAUGAAUGUGGAAGCAAUAGAGGAAGUAGGGACAGUAACUCACAAGAAUCAGGGGGUGGUGGAUCAGGAGAUGAUUCAAACUGCAAUGAAUGUGGAAACAAUAAAGGAAGCACAGGCAGUGACUCACAAGAAUCAGGAAGUGGUGGAUCAGGAGAUGAUUCAAACUGCAAUGAAUGUGGAAACAAUAAAGGAAGUACGGACAGUGACUCACAAGAAUCAGGAAGUGGUGGAUCAGAUGAUUCAAACUGCAAUGAAUGUGGAAACAAUAGAGGAAGUGCAGACAGUGAUUCACAAGAAUCAGGAAAUGACAUAGAUGGAAUAGCAUUCAAAUUAAAAGACAGACUAGAUGAUUCCAAAGAUGAUGACAGUGACUCGCAAGAGAAGGUGGGUGAAGACUCAAAUGAAAAGAAUGAUGGAAAUGUUGAAACAGGAACAGAUACCACUGGAAAGGAAAGCAACUCUCAAGAGAAUAGUGGUGAUGACUCCCAAGAGGUUUCUGCAAAACUUGAGGGAAUUACAGGUGAUGACUCUGAAGAACGGCAGCGUGAUGACUUUGAAGCGAUCACAGAAAUCAAUCAAUGGGAAUUAAAUCAAGCUGAACCUGAUUCACAAAUGCCUGAUACCACAGGGGAAAAUGACAUUCACAUGCCAGACAGCAUUCAUACACCAGACGGUAUUCAUACACCAGACGGUAUUCAUACACCAGACGGUAUUCAUACACCAGACGGUACUUACACACCAGAUGGUACUUAUACACCAGACGGUACUUAUACACCAGAUGGUAUUGAUACACCAGACAGCAUUCAUACACCAGACGGCAUUCAUACACCAGACGGUAUUCAUAAACCAGAUGGUAUUUAUACACCAGAUGGUACUUAUACACCAGACGGUACUUAUACACCAGAUGGUAUUGAUACACCAGACAGCAUUCAUACACCAGACAGUAUUCAUACACCAGACAGCAUUCAUACACCAGACAGCAUUCAUACACCAGACAGCAUUCACACACCAGACAGCAUUCACACACCAGACGUCAUUCACACAUCAGAAGGAAACGUUCCACAACACAGCGGCAGUUUAACUUCUGAGUGGCCAUCAUUUAAUGGUGGAGAUUUUUUCAUGGAAAGUAAUAAUGGAGUCCCAGUUCAGCCCGAUUCAUCUUGGCAGGAUCCAUCAACAAAUACUGAUCACAAGACCUCUGAUACAAAUCAAGGCAUUCCUGUCCAGCCAGACUCUUCCUGGCACAGCCCUUCUUCAGCUACUGAAUCUCAAUAUUCUGGAAAUACUCAAGAUCCUGUUGUGCAACCAGAUAUUGGAGUACACUCAGGCUCAUCAGGAAGAGAGGUAGGAAUUCCCAUUGAUACAAACUACAAUGCUGGUGGCAACACCGAACACAGCCAGACCGGAUUUAUCCAGUCAGACCUCGAACCUAGUAGCUCAACUGUUCAUACCUCCGAAUCUCAAGCUUCGGAUGUUCAAAAAGAAUACAUACACAGAGUUCCUUCUUCUGACUUAUCUUGGCAGGAUCCAUCCAAAAGUACUGACUACACAACAUCCGAGCCAAAUCAAGGCAUUCCAGUUCAGCCCGAUUAUUCUUCACAAAGCCCUUCCACAUUUGCUGAUUCACAAUAUUCUGAAAGUACUCAAGAUCCUGCUGUGCAACCAGAUAUUGGAGUACACUCAGGCUCAUCAGGAGGAGGGGUAGGAAUUCCCAUUGAUACAAACUAUGACGCUGGUGGCAACACCGAACACAGCCAAACUGGAUUUAUCCAGUCAGACCUCGGACCUAGUAGUUCAACUGUUCACACCUCAGAAUCCCUAGCUUCAGGUGCUCAGAGUGAAUCAAUACAAAACAUACCUUCCUCAAAUUAUGAAACAGGGGGAAAUACAGCAGCAAGCCACACCCACAUCACAAACCCACAGCCCAGGACAGAAGUUCUCGGAACAAAUUUAAAAUCCCCAGAUACCAGUAGAUUGAUACAGCAAGACUCUACAGUCGUACUAUCCAAUAAAGCCGAUGUUGUCAGCACAGGAAUUGAUACAUUUUCCAUUGACAAAACUUCUCAAAGUUUCAGACCAACAGUUGAUUCAGCAGCAACGACUUCUGUUGAUCCCUCUGCACCAUCUGAUGGAUUUGUGGAUUUGAGUAUUAAAGGAAAAGGACAUCUCGUGGAAGGCGGUCCGCAACAUGUUAAUGGUAUAGCAGUGGGUAAUUACAUCAAGGGGCCCUCCGAGGCAAGAACAUGGUCUGAUUCUACUAAACCUUAUAAGACAGGGGUUAUUGAACUUGUACAUAAAUCCGGAAAAGCACAUGGGCUGAAAAAAAUAUGUGUUCACAUUCACCAAGGUCCCCAACAAGUAUCUUCUACUGUUGUACAGAGAGGGAAACCGACUGGGGGGUUGAAAACCUUCUUAAAAUCAAUUCUUCAGGAGGGAGUUGUCACAUCAGAGAAGCUUGAAACAAAUCACGGCAGUGCAACAGGAAAAAUCAACAUUAACAUCCCCGAUGGAGCCACCGAUGUCGCUGGAAGAAUUGAAAAACAAUUUGUUCGUACAAUUCCAGAAUACCAAUCAAAUCAAGCCCCUCAGGCCUUCAUAAACGAACCUCGAGAAAUUUCUCUAAGUAGCAGCGCACGGAUAAAGAAACCCUCCAAAAUAUUCUUGGCAAUUACCAGUAAAAUUAGAGAGGCGGACGGAGCAUCUGCCUAUGGUUAUCUCAAAGAUAAAACUAGAUACGUGAAGAAACCUAACAAUGGCAUCAUCAGGAUUUAUACAACACAAUCUGAUGGAUCUAAGAAGAUGAAGAAGGUUUUCGUAAACCUUCGCCAAUCGCCGCCGAUUAUCCGAACAAGUACUGCCACAAGAGCUAUAAGGAUUCCCAGCAGGACGACUAGAAUGUUUACGACUGACAGCGACGGUUCCGUCACCAUCGGCUCGGGAGGUCAAAAGAACGCCGCUGGAUCAUCAUCCCCCCUGAGUGGAUUUACGACUGGAGAGAUGCUAAGAAUUAACAGUGGACAACCUCAAUCUACCGAAGGCCGUGGACGUAGACUACGUACUAUGUAUGUAGACGGUCAACCCCUUGUUGAGUCUGUCAGUGGACAUAUGAUACAAGCAGAUGGAGGAAAUGCUUGGACUGACCAUGGUCAUGAUCACGUAAUGCAAGUUAGAAGUGGGCGACCUCAAUCUAACGAAGGUCAUGGACACAGAAUAAGUACUAUGUAUGUAGAAGGCCAGCCCCUUGUUGGAUCCGCCAGUGAACAUGUGAUAAGAGUAGAUGGACGAAAUGUCCAAGCUAACGGUGAUCACAGAGUGCAAACCAUCCGACUGGGAGAUCGAGAAAUUAUCGUAAACAAGCACAUAGUAGACGGUGGCAACCUUAAUAACUUUGAACGUCACCACACUAGCGGUAGCUCUGUUCACAAAAACGAAGUGAAAGUACCUGGUACCUCUUUCCAUGUGCAUAGUCAUGGAAACGCACAUGUGGUCCACGACGAACAACACACAAAUGUAGAUGAAGCCACUUACAAGAAAGUAAUGGAUAUAAUUAAUCGUAGGCGUAUUGAGACCAACAUUGUAUCUAGUCCUUUUGACUCAUCUGUCUCCUCUUUCAGAAGAGUGACUCAAAAUCGUGGUGUAGAGGGCAUUCCAAUUCCGAUCUAACUUUAUGGAAGUCAUCGCAAACUUAGAUAGCCUGUCCGCAUUUUGACUUGUGAAUCAAAUUCUUGUAAACAACUGAAAAUUGCACAAAACAGUGGACAGAAUUCAAUGUGAUUACUUUGUUAGCAGAUGCACGAUGUACUGGGUACUCUGAUGUUUUACCUUCAAACUAUUCCAUCACACUAAGUUAUACAGACACUCAAAAUCAGUGUGUUUAUGAUGGCUCAUAAUCUGAGAGCAAAUUAUAUAUCAAAUACGCCAAGUCAUACUUACGAGCCUCUGCUUGAAAAUCACGGAAGCCAUCAAAAACGGACCGAGCUUGUCUCCGUCUUCCUCGUAGAACUAAAUUUAAAAUAGAAUUUAUAAAUAUAUCAAAUGUGGGCUACUAGUAAGUACUACAAAAACAGAAUACUAGUGCUCGAUUCCUAUCUAAGGAAUGAAAUGCAAAACCAAUACAUAUCAUGACUUGAGGUUUCCUAUUUCAUUGGUGUCCAUGCACUAAAUAUUCAAUCAUAAAUCAUAAUUAAUAUAAUAUCUCUUUCAUUAUUUGAGUCCUUGAUAAAUUAUAGUGCCUUAGACUGAUUACAUGUGAUAUAUCUGGGGUACAUGUAUAAAUGUUAAAAAAGUACUGGGAUAAGAUGGCUGUAACCUUUACCUUCAGCCUUCUGAACACAUUUUCAAUCAAUCUAAAUAUCAAUUUCUUUAAUAUUUUCAAUAUGCACACUUUCAGCAUAAUUAUCAUGAUCAAUGCUUCAGAUUUCUGUCUAUAAAAGCAUAAAACAGUUAAAAAUUUCUCACUUUAAAUACAUCGACCUGCAUGUGCUUUAGAAGCAUGCACCUCAAUCUAAACUAAUUUCAAUCAAGGUAUCCAAUCAAGUGCUUCCAUUAAAUUAACUAUGUCCUUCUUUGUGACAACUUUUGGUAGAAAGGGGGCGGGGGGUGGUAAUAUUAAAACAGAGACCAUAUGAAGUUGUGGUCAUCCUCACCAACAUAUACUAAGACUGAAAUACUGAGUGGGACUACCCACAUUACGAAUCUGACCUGGCUCUGCAUUAGUAACGAAUGACGAGUACCGUACUAUAUUUUUACUUGUAUAUUACCUGUAUAUUCCGGAUAUUGUCUUUGAAUCUUGUUAUUAUUGGCAAAAUAAAAUCUUUAACCCAU